AAUAUUUGUAUGGGUAUUUAAAACUGACCAGGAAAUAACAAAUUCAGCUCUGGCAGUAUCAAAUUUCCACACUAUAAGUAAAUGAAUUUACCACCCUUCAAUUUGCUGCUCUUUGUCAUUCUUCUUCACAAACUCUUUGCCUAAUCUCAGCAAUGGCCUUAUUAAUUCCUUCACUUUCCACCCUCUUCAUUGUGCUUUUCUUCCUCAACUUUGCAGGACCACUGAAGCUUGCUGAUGGACAGGAUCUGAAAACUUGGUGUAUCGCAAAGCCCUCAUCAAGUGGUGCAGAACUGGCUGCGAAUAUACAAUUCGCAUGCAGCCAGUUGACUGAUUGCAAGGCUAUACAAGAAGGUGGACAGUGCUUCUAUCCAAACACUCCCAUCAACCAUGCCUCUGUGGCCAUGAAUUUUUACUACCAAGCUAUGAGCAGAAACCCCUGGAACUGUAACUUCAGGACCUCUGGCCUCAUCACCCAAACUGACCCAAGUUAUGGUAGCUGCCAGUAUGCUUAAUAGCAGCAGGCAAGGGAUGCAGAUGCAGCUUAAGCUUCAGCUUUUAGACCUUUCCUUAUACAAUUUGUCUAGAAUCUUUUUCCCCUGAAGAACAUUUUUCUUGUGUUUAAUUUUGGUGAUUUUAAGUGGACCUUCUAUACGAUGAUUGUUUAUUA